AUGCUCGAAGGACCGAUAAUCCAGGUCGUGACAUCGCGUCUGGCGGACAAGACCCCGUCCAUGCAGUUCCCGGAAGCGCUGGCGGAGCAGCUGGAGCGGCUUGAGACCUUCGAAACCGCUGCCAAACUCGCUCAAGUCAUCAGCUCCGGCGCUACGCCCCAAAAUAUCGCCAUCGCACGAAUGCUCUGCAUGCAACUCGCCCAGGAAGUGGUCGAGGCCGCCAACGAAAAGUGCCCCAUCGUCACCGGGCCCACCUUUGAAGAAAUCCCCCCUGAGCCGAAACCGGACACCAAACAGGCCAAACUGAAAGAUGCCCCCGAACCCACCAAGACGGAGGAGGCGGCACCAAAGCCCAAGGUCGAGGAAGCACCUAAGCCCAAGGUCGAGGAAGCACCUAAGCCCAAGGUCGAGGAAGCACCUAAGCCCAAGGUCGAGGAAGCACCUAAGCCCAAGGUCGAAGAAGCACCGAAGCCGAAGGUCGAGGAAGCACCGAAGCCGAAGGUCGAGGAAGCACCGAAGCCGAAGGUCGAAGAGGUAUCAAAGCCGAAGGUCGAAGAGGUAUCGAAGCCGAAGGUCGAAAAGGCACCGAAGCCAAAGGUCGAGGAAGCACCUGAGCAGAGGGUCGAGGAGGCACCUAAGCCAAAGGCCGAGGAGACACCCAGGCCGAAGGUCGAGAAGGCACCGAAGCCGAAGGUCGAGGAGGCAUCGAAGCCGAAGGUCGAAGAGGCAUCGAAGCCGAAGGUCGAAGAGGCAUCGAAGCCGAAGGUCGAAGAGCCGAAAGUCGUAGAGGCACUGAAGCCGAAGGUGGACGAGGUCCCGAAGGCUAUGGUGGACGAGGCCCCGAGGGCUAAGGUCGAGGAGGCCCCGAAAUCUAAGGUCGAGGAGACACCGAAGCCGAAGGUCGAAGAGACCUCGAAGGUCGAGGACGUUCAAGAAGCCGCGAAGGUCAAAGGCGUUGAGGAGGAGGACUCGGAGGUCGGUCAGGAUGAGGUUGCUCGGAUCGAAGUUGUCUCAGAGGUUGCUGAGAGUGGAGAGGAAACAGGGACAGUCGUCGACGUAGAAAGUACGGAGGACGACGCUGAUACUGAUGAGAUCAUCACUCAGACAGAGGAAGCUCAAUCUGAAGACGUUGCUCAAUCUGAGGACGUAGCUCAAUCUGAAGACGUAGCUCAAUCUGAGGACGUAGCUCAAUCUGAGGAGGUCGCUCAAUCGGAGGAGGUAGCUCCAGACGAAGAGGUUUCAGAGGUGGCUGAAACCGAGGUGACUGUUGAGACACCGAGAGCCCUUGAGGUGGAAGUCACUGGGGAUGAAGAGGAGAUUGCCUCUGUUGAGUCGAUUAAAGAGGUGGAGAUUGAGGCACCGAAGGUCGUUAAGAGAGUCGCUCAAACCGAGAAAAAGGUUUCUGAAACAAGUGACACCCCGAAGGUAACUGAGCCUGAGAGGUCUAGUGGGAAUGAGAGCGGCGUUGGGGCGGAGAGGCAGGCAAUUGAAGCACAGGUCGCUAAGGCACAGGAGAUUGUCGUGGAAGUUAUGGAGGAUGCGGAGGAGACUCCCGGUGAGGUUUCUGUCCAAGAGUCGAACUCGGCGGCUGAGACAGAGUCCGCUGAGACAGAGUCUGCUGAGACGGAGUCUGCUGAGACGGAGUCUGCUGAGACGGAGUCUGCUGAGACGGAGUCUGCUGGAACGACAGUUCAGGCGCUGCCCGUGCAUC